AUGGCAUCAUUGACGAGUUGGGAAGAACCACAUAGGCGCUGGAUAAGUCUUUCUCAUGUUCUUAGGAUUACAUGGAAAAUAGCAUGGCGACACAGUCUUGUUGUCAUAAUCGAAGAUGCCAAUGUCAUGGCCACCAUAAAUGGAAUUGGGUUUGAGCUCGGGGAAGUCAGCCGCGGGCAACGCAACUGCAUGGCUGUGGAGGCCGACAAAAAGAGCCCAACCACCCAAAGACCCUUCCACAUACUUAAGUUCCCCAUCCUCAGGAUAUAUGCGAUGCCGAAACCUUUACUUGUGAAGAAGCUGAGGUUUAAGCCUAAAUGGUACUUAGGCUUGAUCUCCCGGAACCUUUACGUGGUAUAUAUGGCAUCAUUCACGACUUGGGAAGAACCACAUAGGCCCUGGGUAAGUCUUCCUGAGGUUCUGAGCAUCACAUGGAAAAUAGCAUGGCGACACAGUCUUGUUCUCAUAAUUGAAAAUGCCAAUGUCAUGGCCCCCAUAAAUGGAAUUGGGUUUGAGCUCGGGGAAGUCGGCCGCGGGCAACGCAACUGCAUGGCUGUGGAGGCCAACAAAAAGAGCCCAACCACCCAAAGAACCUUCCACAUACUUGAGUUCCCCAUCCUCAGGGUCAUAUUUAUGAACAUCAAAAUCAACAGUCACACUCGGAAAGCCGCGUUUCGCGGUGAAGUCAUAUGGCGUAGUAGCAUCAACAUACAAACCAUCAAAGUCAAAUGA